AUGUGGGCCCUCUUGAUCGUAUCGGGGAUUUACAUCUUGACCUUCGCCUUCGGGACGGCGGGGAAUCUCUGGGUGAUGGUUUCCAUGGUCCGAAGCAGGUGAGUGAAUCCUAGCCGCGUCUAUGAAGGUAUCUGCAGAGUCUGUCACAUCCCCUCACAACGACCCUGCUCACCCAGAGAGCGUUCUCGAGUCUUCAUUUUCUUCCUGGCUGUGGCUGAUUUCAUCGUUUUAUUGACGAUUCCGUUCUCUUUAUCCCAAAAUCUCCAGGUGGAUUGGCCUUUUGGAUCAGUGGUAAGUAAUUUGAUUAAGGAAAUCACAAGCGUCUUUUCCCGAAUUGCUUGAUAUUAUAAUAAUGUUUCAGUUGUGCCGCUUGCACGCAGCUAUAGAUUACAGCGGUAAAUUCUUCUCGGUGGUGAUUCUGAUGUCAAUGAGUAUCGAGAGAUAUCUGAUUGUGUGUACCAGGUGGAGAUACGUGACCUCUCCGAAGGUGAUUAUGACCAUCCCUCUGGUGAUGGGCGUCCUCUUCUCGGUGAUCGUUCCCAUUAUCCCUCAGGUCAUUUACACUCGUCUUCUGACUGUUGUCAUGGAAGGGCGGGAUCAUAGAGUCUGUUAUCAAUCGAUCCCCACCCAACUCUCCCCCAUGUACACCUCAUACACAUUCGCGGUGGGAUUCGCGAUACCCUUGUGUGUGAUGACCAUCUGUUAUAUACAACUGGUGCAACAUGUCAGAAAGAAAUUCCGAGAACGAAAACAGAGUAGAAGUAAGUGGAAAGGGGAUUACUGUAGCUCGGAUUCCAUGAUUUCAGCCAGCUCUCAACGUCCCAAAUACAUGUGUGAGCUGACCCGAUCGAUCUGUCGGAUUGCUGUGUUCCAUUUUAGUUGCUGGGCCCCGUUUUGGUUCUUUAAUAUGGCCCCAAUUAUCACAGAAUCUCUUGAAUGGAAUGUGCUUUUGGAGGGCAAAACAUGGUUUGAAAUCGGGAAACUCUUUGCGAAUAUGCUCCCUUACAUCAACUCAGCAGGUAGUAAUCAGUAACGCUGAUAAAAAUAAAAUUUCCAGGCAACUGUAUCUUGUAUGCUUUUUUGAAUCGUGACAUCCGAAAACACAUAAUCUGGAGACCAUCCAGCAGUAAUGGCCGGACGAUUACUGCCCUGCCCAGCGAGACCAUCACCUUCAAUCCAUCUCCCACCACCUGA